AGGUAAACACGCGCGCCCGGGCGGCGGGGGUUGCCAGAGAGCUGGCGGAGCGGCCUUCGACCCCGGGCGCGCCGCCCUGCACCCCGGCUGCUCCCACUCCCUGGCCCGGCGCGGGAUGGGAUUCUCUCCGGACAACGGGCCCCGCAUCUUGGUCGCACGUCAUAGCCAGCCGCGGUUUUCAAACCCGGAAGCGCUGAAAAGGAUCGAGCGUGUUUCCCGGGCUCUGAUCGCCGGUUGCUCGGGUGGGCGGGCGGAAGCCGACCCAGCCUGCCGAGAGCCACAUGGGUUCCUCGUCACCGGUGCUCUGCGGGCCCCGGAGGUUUCUGCCCUUGGGGUAACUUGGUGUCCCCCACCUCGCAGCUGGCCCUGCUUCCGAGAUCCUACUGGGUGGGAACCAGGGAUCCAGUAGGCUCGGAGUGGCCUCAGACGAAUAUUUAAAAGAUGCUUCAAAGAAGAUGAAAAGUGGGCUUAUGUUUGUAAAACUGGUUAACCCGUGUUCAGGAGAAGGAGCCAUUUACUUGUUCAGUAUGUGUCUACAGCAGCUGUUUGAAGUAAAACUUUUCAAGGAAAAACACCAUUCUUGGUUUAUAAAUCAAUCAGUUCAAUCAGGAGGUCUUCUCCACUUUGCCACACCCAUGGACCCUCUAUUUCUGCUUCUCCACUACCUCAUAAAGGCUGAUAAGGAGGGGAAGUUUCAGCCCCUUGACCAAGUUGUGGUAGAUAACGUGUUUCCAAAUUGCAUCUUGUUGCUGAAACUUCCUGGACUUGAGAAGUUACUUCACCAUGUGACAGAGGAAAAAGAAAUAGACAACAAGAAAUAUUACAAGUACAGCAAAGAGAAGACAUUAAAGUGGCUGGAAAAAAAGGUUAAUCAAACUAUGGCAGCAUUAAAAACCAACAGUGUAAAUGUCAGUACCCGGGUACAGUCAACUGCAUUUUUCUCUGGUGACCAAGUUUCCACUGACAAGGAAGAGGAUUACAUUCGUUAUGCCCAUGGUCUGAUAUCUGAUUACAUCCCUAGAGAAUUAAGUGAUGACUUAUCUAAAUACUUAAAGCUUCCAGAACCUUCAGCCUCAUUGCCAAAUCCUCCAUCAAAGAAAAUAAAGUUAUCAGAUGAGCCUGUAGAAGCAAAAGAAGAUUACACUAAGUUUAAUGCUAAAGAUUUGAAGACUGAAAAGAAAAAUAGCAAAAUGACUGCAGCUCAGAAGGCUUUGGCUAAAGUUGACAAGAGUGGAAUGAAAAGUAUUGAUACCUUUUUUGGUGUAAAGAAUAAAAAAAAAAUUGGAAAGGUUUGAAACUUCGAAAAUAAAAUCUAGCCAAAAUCUUUGCAUGUUACAUAUUUCAUUUUUGUCCUUCCUGACCCUUAAUCACCUUUGAUGGAGGGAAGGAAGAGGCCGAUUUCAUGUUCUCGUAAACAUUUCUUUGCAUUUGGUUUUUGUGUUCCUGAAUAAGAUAUGGGAAGGUAAUUGUGUAACUUCACGGCUGUGGCCUUUUGGAGUCUCAUCUGAUGUAAUGAAAAGUAAUCACGUGAAGAGAAUUAACAUCUAGCAUCAUGAUUUCCUCAAUAAACUGACCUGUGACAA